AAAAAAACAAAAAUAUUAAAAAAAAAAAACAAGCAAAAAAAACCCUAUACGAGAAGAAAGACUUUUAGUUGGUCUUUUAACACGCACACACACGUACAAGAAACAAAUUUGAGCAGUAAAUAUGAAGGACUUGGAUCUUACCCUUGACUAUAUGGAAAAUGCGAAAUUUAAUUAUAUUUACGGUCCUAUAUUAGCGCAUCUGGAAUCUCCCUUUACGGAAACUGAGCUGCUUUGCCUAUCUAUGAUCUAUCACAAAUUUGUGCUGGAAAAUGGACCACGAGCCAAGUACAUGACUAUGCUCCAGUUGAGCAGUAUAAUUGAACUCAUGUUCAAAGUGACAGAUCGGGAAUUAAACUCUAGUAUAGUGUCACGCAUUAGCUAUGAUCCAGAUUGUACAGAUCCCAAGUACUCGCACGAUCGACAUUGUAGUCUUCCGCGAUUUAUUAAAAUGUUUUCGAUUUACUUUUCCACAGAUCUGGAAAAGCGCAUGCAAUUUGUAUUUAGCAUUUAUGACGAAAGCGAUCGCGGCUACUUGGAUCGUGAGCAAGUUGUUAAAUUUGUGGAAAAAUUUUUUACUGGUGAAGACGAGGAUGAGGUCUUUGAACUACGCACUGAUAUGCUGGACCUACUUUUUUCCAAAUUCGAUUUAGACAAGGAUAUGUUCAUUUCAAUUGAAGAAUAUUGUGAAAUUGUACGUGCUGAACCAGCGCUGCUGGAAUUUCUCGGCCGAGUAUUCCCCACACAAACGGAAUUGGAAGUUGUUUCAGUGUGUGUUAAUCUCUUGUGAUUGCAAAUGCUCACGGUGAAUUGCCAAAUUCAUUGCACCAACUCACUUCUGGUAUUAUUCCUAUGUAAUGACUUUUGUUUUUCACCAUGGACAUUUCAAAGAAAUAAACUGUAAAAAA